CAAAUCGCUCAUUUUUCCAUUUUAUCGGAAUAUCAUUUGUUUUUGUUUCCACCUACAUUCCAAACCCAUUACCUUAUUAAACCCCCUCGCUGAGAAUUUAUACGAUCAAAGUGCAAUUUGAAAGAGAUUUUGUAUUUGCAAGGAGAGGUCAAGUUUAAAUCUUAGAGGGUGAGGUAUAAUUAGAUGUCUUUCCUGUAUUGAUAGAUUCGAAAGCAGAUUGUCUGAUAUCGUAAAUAUGAACUUCGAAAGCAUGGAUGAAGACUCGCAGCCAACUGGUCAACAGUUUGCUGCUGGUCAAGAGCAGGCAAUUUUUCUUUCUUCUUGUGAAAUCCUGAACAGAGCUUGGGAGGAGACGCGCAGUAUUCCAAAUGACAAUGACAAUACUUAUUUUCGUUGGAGUGAGUAUGAAGGCGUACCAUUUAUCGCAUUCCCUUCCUUUCACAUUGGAGAUUUCACUGCCAGUGAUAGCUCAUAUGAACAAUGCGACAUUAAGAAUGAGAACAAGUUCUUCUCUGACCGUCUCAAGGAUGAUAAUGAUCAACCGGCUCUUGUUCACAAAGGAGCUCUCUACAAAUUCCUUGAUAUUAUGAAAAGAUCAGACUUGGAAACCCAGAUGAAGCAAUUUUCGGAACAGAUUAAGGAACAAAAAGUGGAACAACCCAUUAUAUUCGUGGGUCAUUCUAUAGGAGGUGCUAUGGCAACACUAUCUACAAUCUGCUUUCUGGAUAAGAGGCUGAAAAAUAUCUAUCCUUUAUGCAUUACAUUUGGCUCUCCUUUGGUGGGAAAUGCUGCUCUUCGAGAAUCAAUUGGCUCCCAAGAUUGGCUUGGAAGAUUUUGUCAUGUGGUUUCAAAACAUGAUUUUGUUCCUCGCAUGCUCCUUGCACCUUUUGAAUCAAUUGCACCCCAUUUGAAUUCAAUUUUUUCUCAGGGAGAGAUAAUAAUGGGCAAUGAUUCUGAUCCUAUACAAGCUUGCGGGGAACUUCUUGACAAUGUCAAGUGGCUUGGAAAGUCUAGCCCAUAUAAACCUUUUGGUAUUUAUAUGAUCUGUUCAACCCAGGGAGCAGCUUGUAUUGAGGACAGUCAAGCUGCCUUGGAGAUGCUAAUUUUAACUUUGCAAAGCACAGAAGAAAAUGGUAUUGCCGAUGCAUUGAUUUCAGAGCACACAAGUUAUGGUGAUAAGUUGAAAAAUGUUUUUGAAAGUGGAUACUCAACAAGAACUUCGAACAUCUUCUCAGAAUCCUUCAUUGGGACAGGAAUGGCACUGCAAUUAGAAUCCUCCGUUGAGAUGGGAAUAGCACUGCAAUUAGAAGCCAUGGGGUUUCAGACUCUGACUAAAUCUGCAUUUGAUGCGCUGAAAAAAGCCGCAAAUUUGAAAAACCAGUAUGACAUGGACAUCAAGGACCUAAAUUCAGAGUUGAGCGAGAACCAAAGCAGACUGGCAGAGCUGGAAUGGUACAUUAAAACAGUAUCUAAGGGCAACAGCUGUAGCUCCUACGAUGUUUUCAGGGACCUGGGCGAAAAGAAAGAUUUUCGUAUUAAUCGGCAUAGAAUGAAUCUAGAAGAUUUCUGGGAUAAAAUUAUUGAUAUGGUGAAGAAUCAUCAAUUGCCCAGUGACUUCCGAUACCAAAACAAAUGGAUCAAUGCUGGAACUGCUUACAGAAGACUUGUAGAGCCCCUGGAUAUUGCAGACUUCUAUCAUCUGCACAGCGACAGGGGAAGCUAUCUCUCAAUUAAGAACAGGCCGCUCCGUCAUAGGGUUCUGGAAAAAUGGCUGGAUGACAAAAACCAAACUCGCAUUGAAAGAGGUAGAGGGAGGAAAAAGACUCGCACAAAGUUUGCAUCCUUAACUGAGGACUCUCGCUUUUGGGCUCGUGUAGAAGAAGCUGAUAAAGACUUGACAAAUCUCCAGCCAGAGAAAGAGCAAACUGUCAUUGCCCAUCUCAAGAAAAGCCUCAAAGAUUUUGAAGCUUAUGUGUCGAAGAUGAUCGAGGAGAAAAGUAUUUCCAUGGAGGUUUUCUUUGAAGAGAGCGUCUUCAUGAUAUGGUGGAAGAAAUACAGAGAGUUUCAGCAGCAACACUCAGAAGAGUGGAAAUCAAGCUCCCCUUUGCUCAAAUCCAUGGAAAAGGAGAAAUUGGGAGUUCAGAAGACAGGUUUUUGAUUCCGUUUUAUAGUCUGUUAGAAGUUGUUUAUUUCCAUGGCCUUUUCCCCUGCUUGAAAAGUUGUAAUCCUUCUCAAUCUGCAUAAGCCUGUGUUUGCUAAGUGUAUGUUUCUUUUCAAUCUGAAUAAGUUUUGUAACAUUCGGAAUAAUGAGAGCCUGAUUCAACCCAUGUCUAUGGAGUUCUUUGAAGGUUUUUCCAUCUUUGUUUUUUCUAAAGAUAGGGAAUGGAAGAAAAUUUCAUAUUAUUUGUGCUU